CAUGUGGGCGGGCAAAUGCUGCUGCGCCUCUACUCGGGUCUUUCCGGUAGCCUCUCCGAAGGGGCUGAACGAACACGCGCGCUGCGGCGAGGAGCAGCAGCAGCAGCAGCCGGAGCAGCAGCGGGAACAGCCGAGCGACCCGGGGCCGAUUCUUACCCAGUUUUCCGUCGGGGAAACAGGCCAGCGGGGGUCGGGCUGGGGGCUCGGGUACAGAAGAAUGAGAGAGCCCUCUUAGGAGGGGGCGAAAACAUGAACGGCGCCGUGUACAUUUCGUUUUUCCAGGGCCAGCUGGAGUCCGUGCUGGAGCAAGUCGUUCAGCUCGCCGUCCAGGAAAUAAGCAAGACUGUGGGCUCCAGCCUGAACACGCUGCUGCUGGAGACGGCCGUGAAGGAGCAAGAAAACCGGCGGCUCCUGCUCCAGCUGCAGUCACGGGAGAACCGGGGCCGAGCCAACGCCAACACCGCGGACGUCGGCGGGGGCGGCUCCCCUAAAAACAAGGCUGGUAAGACGGCGGGGGACGAGAGGGCGGACAGCGGCAGAACAAAGCCCGAGCAGAGGCUCCACGCCCCCGGAGCGCACAGCGCCGAGCCCGGCCUGUCCACCGACACACGCCGCCUGGAGCAGAGAGGACGAGUCGUGGACCAGCUGAAGUCCGUCAUGGAGCAGGUCCUGGACUUUGCUGUGCGCGAGCUGACGAAGAUCGUGGAGGCUUCGUUCGACGACCUCCUGCUGGAGAUCACCAAGAUGGAGCGAGAGCAGCGGGUCCUGGAGGAGCGGCUGGACCGGAGCUCCGACCGAGGGGGGGAGAAGGGGAGAGGAGGCGGAGCCGGGGGGAGGAGGAGGGGGUCGGAGAACGACUCGGUGUCACCCAGCGGCUCGGAGGACGCCCGGGAGGAGCUCGCCGAGGUCCCGGCGUCCAAAGAGACGGCGGAGCGAGGCGACCCGGAGCGCCCCCCCGUCCUCUCGGUCUCUCAGGACUGGGUUCCCAUCCUGGACAAAGUCUUUGGUCAGAAGUGGUGCAGCGACGUCUGGCAGAUUAAAGAGCUCGGAGGAGGAGGAGGUGGUGGGCGGGGUCUAAGUGACGGAGGGGCGCAGCAGGUGCAGCCUAUCCCCGCCCCCUCUCUGACCCUGGAGCCCUCCCCCUCCUCCCCCCAGCUGGACCCCCGCUGGACUCCUCUGGAGGACAUGGAGGUGUUUUCCCCGGAUGACGAAGACAGUCAGAGGAACAACAGGCGAGGAGCCGCCACCACCGCCACCGGGCCCUCACCUGGGCCCUCACCUGGACCCUCACCUGGACCGCCCGCCAGCCCCACAGGGUCCUCAGGUCGCCGCUCGUCAGCCUCGAUGCUCCACCGUCUCCUGACUCUGCCGUCUCAGCUGCUGGAUGAAGAGGACGCCGCCGCCAACGAAACGCUGGCCGCUCUGGCGACAGAUGGCGUCGAACCGCCCGGCCAGACCUGCACGUCGCCCCUGACAACCAGGGAAGAGGAGGAAGAGGAGGAGGAAGAAGAGGAAGAGGGGGAGGACAAAGGGAGGAAGAAGAAGAGGAGGCGGGUGUGGUCGGAGUGCGAGGAGUGCGGUCGGAGGUUCAGCCGGAUGUCUCUCCUGAAGGCUCACCGUCAGACUCACGUCGCAGAGAACGCCGCCGCCGACACGUCGUCCGCGUUCUCUCUACCUGAAGGGACCCCCUCGGAUUCGCCGCCACGCUGUUCGGAGUGCGGGAGGAAGUUCUCCACGGCGGCCCGCCUCAGCAGCCACAUCCGGACCCAGCACCCCGGGAACCGGUCCUGAACCCGGCGGGACCGAGCGAGUCGCCUGGGCUGACAUGGAAACAGAAACAGGGUCCAACACAAACCAGACCGGGUCCAGACCUUUAGAGCAGAACCAGAGGAGGAUUCACACACCUGAGACCAGAAACCAUGAAAGGGAAACGCAUCCGGAUCUGGGUCCAGUAGCUGUUCCCUGAAACCAGUUUAGCUGAAAAGUUUCAACCUUCAACAGACGAAGCAGAAACCAAACGGCGAUUUUAGACCCUUUUAUUCUGAAAUACAACAGGAAGUUGGCUCCAGGUAGUCCUGCUGGGUCAGUACAGGACUUUCUGUCAGGGUUACGACUCAUUUUCUUUAUCAAUCGAUCUGUUCAUUCAUUGAUCAAAUAAUCAUUUCGUUUACUGAGAUAUACAAAAACACAAACAGCAGAGAGUGACGGAGCUUUUCUCUGAUUUGACUGAUAAAUUAACUCAGACACCGUGAACUGAAACAAAAAACUCAGCAGUAAAAACACUUCAGAUAUUUAUAAAGUUUCUAAAUAUAAGACGUGAUAUGAAGUUAAACCCAGCAAACCUGUUUGAUAAUGUGUUCGCUCGUCAGCUAAAGUCUAAAAUCGGUCUGUCCCUCGUCAUCAGAACCAAUCGGAGCGUCUCUGGAGAUCACACGGUAGAUUGGCGCCCGAGGCCAGAUGGAGUUCAGGUCUGAUAGCUGGUUCUGUUUUGGAUCUGGUUCACGGUCGGCAUUCAUUCAGUUCAGACGAAUCUCUUUUUGAAUCUUUAAUCUCAGCUUCUUGUUUUUAAAAAGUACAUAAAAACCUUAAAACACAGAUCUCACCCCGGGUUUCUCCACGAUCAGAGAUUUCUGAUCAAAGCCCACAAAGUUUAAACUAUUAGAAAAUAACCAAACAAAUGACCCCCCCCCCUGAAUUUUAACUGUGAAGUUUGAAAACGUACAAAUGUUGAAAGCUGAAACUAGAAUGGAUUUUCAAAAUAAGGGAUUCGUGAGGAUUUGAAAUCAGCAGAUGUUUUAUUGCAUGCGAACUCUGGACCAGAUUAACCCCUCUGAGUGGAUCUGGAACAGGAACUUCAGACAGACGUGUAAUCUGGGGGGACAGACAGGAAUCAAAGUGAACCCAGCUGAUGUUCAGAACAUCCACCUUCUUCUUCUGUAAAACUUCUACAAACCAGGAAACGAGCUCCAGAGGCUGCAGGUGAAUUUCAGUCCCGGCAGGUGAUUUUGCAAUAAGCUCGUCUCCUCGGCAGCCGGACAGUCGGAGCUUCGUUUCCUGUUUCGUGCCCCCCUUCCCAUCGUGUUUUUUCGUGUUGGACCUGUACAGCGUGGACGGUCACUGUCACAGGGAGACGUGACCUUCAGAUUUUUCUACCCGUUUGUUUUUAAAGUGCUCUUUUAUUGUUUUUCCUCAACAAACUAGAAGACGUUUCUCCUUUUUAAAAAAGGUUUCCAAGGUUAAGUUUUUUUUUUCUUGUCGUCGUAUUUAAAAUUUUUGGACGCCCUUUGCGGAGGAUCCUUGUGUCGCUACUCGUUGAAAGAAAAAAAAACAAAACAACGGAAGACAGACUUAAUCAGUGGCGUCGAUUGUUUGGACUCGUUGAAUGUGAAUCCAGGCCGUUUCUAUCCUUUUGUUGUACAGUUUCUACUUUUCAGACAGAACUGAUGAUGAAAUGAGAGAGAGGUUUUUAAAUCUGCGACGGUUCCUUCUGUCUUUGCUUCAUCCUCCCCCUCGUUCUUCAGCCCAGAUCGGUUCAGUAACCUCAUGGUAACACACAAAUACCUCACCUACAUAAACGAGACUACAUGCGUUUAUUUUAGCUGAAAAUCAUUGUUGGUGUUUAUUUUCUCUGGCUUCUUGAUGAUCUGUACGGAAGCUCAUUACUGCCAGAAGAAGAAAUAAAAUGUGAGAAAGGGACACAAAUAUUAAACACUUGUUUUAAGUCAUAAUAACGCGACACUAAAUCCAAAUUUUUUAUUUAUGGUGAGGAAAAACAAUUUCAUAGUUUUUUUUGUAAAAAUUACGAUAAAUUAAAAUAAUUAAUUCAGAUUGUUUUGGAAUAAAGGAAACAAUUGUAUUUUUAUGUAGCAGAAAUGAGCUUCCAUAUAUCCAGCAGAUAUAAAUGAGACAAAGAAAUGACGAAUAUCUAUGGAACGGAUCUUUUAUAAGCGCUUUAAGCGUGCUGUACGUACAAAACAGGGAAAAGCAGCGAAUAAUGGAAAUGAAGUAAUUUAAGAAAGUAAUCAACAAAUACAUAAAAUGUUAAAAAACGCUGAAGACUCAUUUGGUGCACCAGCGUUCAGGGCCUGUUGUUAGAGGUCUGUACUGGUCUAAAGGUUUGGACAUGAUCUGAAACAGACCCGUGGAGAGACCUGAACCUGACAUGGAAACAGAUACACAAAAAGGGUAGAGGAUGGAAAUCGGACUUGGCUUGGUUUCCGCAACUCGACUUCAUUAUUAUUGAAUGUUCUCCAGUACGUUUUGUUUAUUAAAUCAAACCCUGAAAUGAUUUAACGAAUGAUUUCUUCAAAACAUGUGAAUUACUGCCCUAGAAGAACAAAGUCACGCUCUCAAAAGACAAAAAUUCUCAGUCAAAAUUUUAAGAAUGUUUUUUACACUUUACCAUCCAGUAAAAUGUGUUAAAGUGACGUCAAAGAUAUAACCCCAACGUCUCCACGUAUGUUCGUUAAAAACCAAAAUAUAACUGUGAAAUUCAAGUGGUCCAGCGUGAGUGAUGAUAAAUUAGUCAUUUAAUUGGAGAGACCAAUGGAUGGAGAAUCUCCCAACAACUACCAGACUCUGUUGACGCAGCGUUUUAAUUUCAUCUGUUUGUGCUGAGAGUCUCUGUACAAAACAUGCUUUAUCUUCUGUAGCAUUCGUACAACAGGAUGAGAUAGAGGGAUGGAUCGGAUAACGGAUCAAUGCAUCAGUGAUGCAUCCUAAUCCGCGACGCUUCAGCGCAAACAAGCCAUCGUUUUUUAUUCUUUUGUAAAUGUGCAAACUGAAAAUUUUUUCUAGUGAGACUUUAAUUCUGUUUUUAUGUGUUUUGAACAAAACGUUUUAAGCAAUAUGAAGCCAAAGCUCUGCCGAGCGGCCGGAGUUUGAUUUGUUGUAGAAUAAUAGAAGAAGCCUGUUCACAGCUGCUGGCGAACGUUCAUCAGCAAAAAACAGAAUAACAAGAUGACGUUGAACCAAACCCAGACCACCGCUAGAAGAUAUCAGCAAUGAAAACUUGGAUUUGAUUUGGGUGGAUCAUGAAAUCAUACUUUAAUUUGAUAAUAUAAUAAUUUACUAUUUAAUUUCUGCCUCUGAACACUGCUUAAAUAACUAAAGCUUCUCGUCUGCUUCGCUAACAUCUGAAUUACCCAACCACUUUUCGCCGAGCGUCUUUGUCUGGUUCAUUGCACUUUCAGCCUCCACGCGUGUUCACAUACCUCAUUUUCCUUGUAAAACAUUUCAAGUGUUUAAAUUUUUUCCCCCUCUUUCCACACAAACAUUGUUACCUCAGUAGACGUGGGCCGUUGAUACUACCGUAACGUGCGUUUGUUUUAUUUGUUGUUCUGUCUCAUGUUGGAUGCGUCUCAGCUUUUUGUUACACGGCGGCUGAUGCUGUCGGGUAGAAACCACAAAACUGCAAAUGUAUAAGCUUCUCAGGUUUGAAGAUGGAGUCCGUUAAAGGUUAAUUUCAAUAUUUUUAAUCCUGGGCCCCUUUUUUGCACAGAUGUUGGUGUUGAAAUGACUCAUAGAUACAAAAGGUUUUUGAAUCUGUGCAGUAGAUGCUCCAGCGUAUUCCUUUGUCAAAAUGGCGUCCACAGAAUGAGCUUCUUGUUGCCAGCGACGGGCUCAGACUGUGACACCAAGAGUCUGACAACAUCAUGGAAAGGAUCUCUACGAGGGACUCCGGGUGACCCCCUUUGUUUUUAAACAGGAAACUGAAGUCUCGCUUCAGUUUCCUGUUUAAAAACGGCAUCUACUGCACAGAUUUAAAAACGGCAUCUACUGCA